AUGGGGAUGAUCCUCACGCCAACGGUGGCGCGGAAUCUGGAGAGCAUCCAGCUGGCGGUCGAGACCAGCAAUGCAAUCCUCAUUCAAGGAGAGAUCGGAUGUGGAAAGAGCGCAUCUGUGCUUCAUUUAGCGGAGAAGUACGCGGCAAAGGAAACGAUGAUCCAAGUAAACGUAGACGACACGUUCGACAGCAAGGAUCUUCUCGGCAAGUUUAGCGCGACUCAAACUCCUGGAGCCUUCCAGUGGGUUCCGGGGCCGCUGACGGUCGCUGUGCAGAAGGGCUAUUGGGUUCUCAUGGAGGAUAUCGACCUCGCUUCGUUCGAUGUCUUUGCUGUGCUUCUUUCCCUGCUUGAGAGCUCGACCCUCUUUAUUCCGGACAAGAACAAGUUUCUGCGCGCGCACAGCGGGUUCAGGCUGAUUGCAACUCAGCAGCUGUACUCCUCCGGUGCAGCCGUGCUCACACGCAAGUCAAACUCCGUACCCUAUGCUGAGCUUUGGGGCACCGUGAUCAUGGAAAACCUGCCAGCGGAAGAAAUGUGCGCCAUUGUCAACCAUACAUACAACAACGUUCCGUUGUCCAUCAUUCAAAGCCUGGCGACACUGGCUUCCCCAACGUCUGGCGCAAGACUUGUGGGGCUGCAGAAUCUGCUAAGGUGGAGUAAACGAGUAAGUAAGCGUCUGCCAAGCACGCCUUGUAUUGAUAAUGCUAAUAGCAAAGCCACACCAGCAUUUAUUUCGUCCCGCACGCGCGAGACAAUGGUGAAAGAGGCGUUUGACUGCCUUGUAGCAAAGUACCCUCCAGGAAAUGAGCGUGCUGAAGUGCUGAAGAUGAUCUCGGAAGUUUGCGGGGUACCGAUCAAUGUUGCUGAGCCUCUUGUUCUGGAGUGCAGGCCACAGGAGUCACUGGCCACGGACAUGUACUCAGUGGGCAGGGUGUGCAUUCCGCUCAUCUCCACUGUCUCCGGGCUCUUGCGCGACAGCCGCAUUGCAUUUGCGCCAACUACGCACGCCAUGUCCCUCUUGGAGAGGCUUGCGGCGGCCGUAGAAUCGCACGAGCACGUGCUUCUUACUGGUGAAACAGGCGUAGGAAAGACGUUUAUUGUGCAGUAUCUGGCGGAUCAGCUGGGCCAGUCGCUAAUCGUGCACAAUCUCAAUCAGCAGACGGACUCGUCGGAUUUCAUGGGCGGAUGGAAGCCGUUAGAUGUGGGUGUGACGGUGCGGGACCUGUACAACGGAUUUACGGAGCUCUUUGCGGCGUGCUUCAGUGUUGAGAAAAACGCACAGUUUCUCAAUAUUCUUCAGCAGUCCGUCAAUGGCCGGAAAUGGGGCCGUGUGCUGAACCAGAUCAUCAAGGGUUGCGGCUGCUUUAGGGCAAAGAGCGCAAAGGUGGAGUACGAUGCAGCUAUGCAGCAGCGGUGGGAGGAUCUGGAGCAGAAGGCCAACGAGCUGCUGGACACUCUGGAAAAGACGAGAACAAACUUUGCGUUUUGCUUUGAGGAAGGCUCCCUUGUCAAGGCGUGGCGCGAGGGUCACUGGAUUCUGCUGGACGAGCUCAAUCUGGCCAGCACCGAGGUGCUGGAGCGCGUCUCCUCUGUGCUUGGCGAUGUCGACCGCCUUUUUCUCACGGACAAGGACUCUUCAGAGCCGAUCAUGCGCCACAAGAACUUCCACGUUUUUGCGAACAUGAAUCCUCCAACUGACGUCGGCAAAAAAGACUUGCCGCCGUCUCUGCGUUCGCGGUUCGUCGAGUACUACGUGAGCGAACCAUUCAACCGCAACGACAUUAGCAUUGUGGUGGGGGCGUACAUAGGCUUCCUCACGGCAGACGCAAAGGUAGAUGAAAUUACAGACUUUUUCCUCGACUGUGUGAACAGUGCGAAAACGAAGCUCUGCGCCUUGGACGGCGAGUCGAAAGCGCCGUCGUUUAGUCUGCGAACACUCACACGUGCCCUCUCUUACGUGCGCCGCGCCACCCCACUCUACGGCUUCGCGAUCGCCUUGUUUGAAGGCCUACUUCUCGGGUUUGCGACUCCUCUGCAGCGUCAGUUCCACGUGGUUGUGGAGCAGCUCAUUGUCAAGAAUAUCUUUCGCGGCAAGCGCCCCAACUCCCCCACCCUGCCGGCCGCCCCGACGAACGGGUCGUUCAUCGCGUACGAGCACAUGUGGAUUCCUUCUGGUGCCGAGGUUCCGUACUGCGACGAGGCAUUCAUCCUCACCAACAGCGUCAAAGGCCACCUGAUGAAUCUCAGCCGCGCAGUGUUUGCAAAUCGUCCGGUGCUGCUCGAGGGCCCCACGUCCGCUGGCAAGAGUUCCAUGGUGAAAUAUCUGGCUGAGCUCACCGGCAAUAAGUUUGUGCGUAUCAACAACCACGACAGCACCGAGGUUCAGGAGUACCUGGGCCACUACGUCACAGAUGAGCUCGGAAAGCUGCGCUACGUGGACGGAAUUCUCGUGAAGGCUGUUCGCCACGGCUACUGGGUGGUGUUGGAUGAGCUGAAUCUUGCACCGACCGACGUGCUCGAAGCCCUUAACCGUCUUCUGGAUGACAACUGCGAGCUGUUCGUUGCUGACACUCAAGAAACCAUAAAGCCGCAUCCUCAGCUUCGCAUCUUUGCGACGCAGAAUCCUGCCGGCAUUUACAGUGGCCGAAAGAUGCUCUCCCGCGCCUUUCGAAACCGCUUUCUUGAGAUUACAGUGGACGAGAUCCCGACAACGGAGAUCAGCACUAUUUUGUGCCGCCGCUACUUACUUCCGCAGAGUUUUGCUGAUAAAAUGGUGGAAGUGAUGACAGCGCUGCAAAUGCACCGCCAGAGCUCGCAGAUCUUUGCUGGCCGUCAUGGGUUCAUCACACCUCGUGAUUUGUUUCGGUGGGCGGAGCGUCGGCCGGAAACGUAUCAACAACUGGCAGAACACGGCUUUCUGCUUCUGGGAGAGCGAUGCCGCAAGUCCAGCGAGCGCCAGGUCGUGCGAGAUGUCAUCGAGUCGGUGACCAAGACGGAGCUGGACGACAAGACCAUUUAUCACCCAUCGCACUGGCCGUUUGUGCAGUGCUACUUUAGUCAGGUCGAGAGUGGCGUCAUUGACGAGUUCAAAAUCGUCUGGACGGAGUCCAUGCAGCGCCUAUUCACCACUGUAGGCAUUUGCCUGGAGCACAAAGAGCCCGUCCUGCUCGUUGGCGAAACUGGGAGCAGUAAGACCACGGUGUGCCAGCUGUGGGCGGCACUGCUCGGCAUUCCGCUUCACAUCCUGAACUGCCACCAGCACACAGAGGCAUCGGACUUUCUCGGCAGUCUGCGACCCUCGCCACCGGACCGGCGCGAUCAGGCGUUGUUUGAGUGGCGCAACGGCCCACUGGUGCAGAGCAUGCUCAGUGGUGACAUGCUUGUGCUGGAUGAGAUUUCACUCACCGAGGACAGCGUUUUGGAGCGACUGAACAGCGUGCUGGAGCCCUCGCGCAGCGUUACGCUGGCGGAGAAGAGCAGCGCCGACUGCAUCGUGGCGCACGAACGGUUUCUCAUCAUGGCAACCAUGAAUCCCGGUGGUGAUUUUGGCAAGAAGGAGUUAUCGCCCGCCCUCCGCAACCGCUUCACGGAGAUCUACGUCCGCCCCACUACAGACGUAACGGAGGUGGGCAUGAUUCUGUCGCACCGCCUGGAGGCGGAGCUGGCGGUGUGGGCUCCUCACAUGGCUGCGGUGCUCUGCCGCGUCUCGCAGUCGACCACCACAUCUGGCGCACCGCAGCACAUCAGUAUCCGUGACAUCAUCAGCUGGGUGUCUUUCAUGAACGCUGCCCAUGGCCGGUGCCCACCGGAGGUCGCCUUUCUGCAGGGGCUCGACGCUGUCAUUGUCGAUGGCAUCGGUGUUGGCACUGGGCAUUCGGAGGCGUCGUGCGCGGUGUUGAAGAGCAGCUGCAUGUCGCAGGCGGUGCAGGAGGUGAUGCAGUUCGGGCACGCGCCGAUCGACGACAAGGCCCUGCUUGCGAAGCCCUUCUGGGAGGUGUGCGAGGGCAUGGCGGAGCCGCAGCUGCCGCCAUCGAUGCAGGGCCGCUUCUUCUUCGGCGCCCCGGCAACGCGGCGCAAUUUGUCCAAGCUGAUGCGGGCGAGCCUCGUGAAGAAGGCAGUUCUCCUGGAAGGUAGCCCGGGCGUGGGUAAAACCAGCAUCGUGGAAGCUCUUGGCUGCGCGCUGGAUCGAUCGGUGGUGCGCAUCAAUUUGAGCGAUCAGACGGACAUCAUGGACCUCUUUGGUACGUACUUGCCGAGUCCCGGUGAUGCCGCUGAGCAGGAAGAGGCCGCGGCGGAGGGAGAGGAAUCUGCCGCGACGGCGGGGGAUGAACUGGAGCGACAACAGCCGUGCGGUGGGCGAGGUCAUGUGAAGGGCCCACAGUUUGCAUGGUCGGAUGGCGUUCUUUUGCGAGCCCUGAAGGAGGGCUCGUGGGUAAUUCUAGACGAGCUGAACCUGGCGAGUCAGUCAGUGCUGGAGGGCCUGAACGCCUUGCUCGACCACCGCUCUACCGUUUUUAUCCCUGAACUGAACGAAGAGUUUCACGCGCACGCCGACUUCCGCGUGUUUGCGUGCCAGAACCCGCUGCUGGAGGGUGGCGGUCGAAAAGGUCUGCCUUGCAGUUUCAUCAAUCGAUUCAUCAAGGUACACGUCGAGGCGUUCGAGGUGAGCGACCUGAUUGUGAUUGCCCAGGCGGUGUGCCCCGACAUCGAAGAGGCGACGCUGCGGCGCAUGGUGGACUUCGUGGACCGACUGCAACACGACAUAAUGGUGCGCCGAGCGUACGGCUUGCGGGGCAGCCCGUGGGAGUUCAACCUGCGCGAUGUGUUACGCUGGGCGAAGCUUCUGCAGUCGUACGAGGCGCGUGAGCGACCGACGUCGUUUGCCGACAUGCUUUUUCUCCAGCGCAUGCGCACUGACGAGGAUGCGGCGCGGUGCCGCCUGGCGCUCGAGUCGUGCUUUUCCAAGGAAGAAGUCGAGAGAGACGUGGAACACGGGUGCGACUCCGACUUCCUCAUCCACGACAGCGCCGUUUACUUCGCCAAGCAACGACUCAUGCAGCGGGAGACAGCCACCAUCAGCGCCUCGGAUGCACAGAAACUUAGCUCGUUGCUGCUCCUUCCUUCACAGGCACACCUUGUCAAGUCGCUGCUGGUGUGCGUGGAGCAGAAUCAAUUUGCCUUGCUGGUCGGUCCCUCCGGCUCUGGUAAGACUUUCGCACUGCGCACCGCCGCCGCCCUUGCCGGGGCAAGGCUAGUCACCUUCUCCAUGACCGCGAGCUGCGACACAGUGGACUUGCUGGGUGGAUUCGAUCAGGUGGAGGGCAAGCAAGGCGAGUUUGAGUGGCGUGACUCUCUCGUGCUGGAGGCGAUGGUGCAGGGGCACUGGCUCGUCUUGGACAACGUGAACUACUGCAAUGCGAGCGUGCUGGACCGACUGAACCCACUCGUGGAGCCAAACGGCGUUCUCUUUGUUAAUGAACAGGGUGUCGUUAACGACGAGGUGCGCGUGAUUCGGCCGCACCCUCGCUUCCGCCUCUUCGCCACGCUGAACCCGCGCUACGGCGAGAUCUCACGUGCGAUGCGCAACCGCGCCGUUGAGCUGUACGUGAAACCGGUAGCGAUUCCAUCUGCAGAGAGCCUUGCCCUCGGCGCCCACGCAUCUGUCGUGGCACAGGAGCGGCACAAAUCGUUGCAAGAUGCCAAGAGCGCGGACGAGGCGGCCAACUCCGUCGCGUCGCAGAGCGCACCUCCGGUACGCUUGCUCUCGCGUCUGCUGCGGUACCACCAGACGUUUGUUUCUGUUGGCUUUCACGCUGACUCCAAACAAACUGGGACUGCGCAGCUCAGCGACGCGCUCUCUGCCGGUGCGCCAAGUGUAUUCACGCUACUGCGGACAAGCUGCCUGCUGCGACCCAGCAGCCUUGUCGGCGACUUGGAGAGGUUGAUUCUGCACCGAUAUAUCCACAACCGCAGUGGGCACUGGGCCAGCUUCAAGCCGGAGCUACUUGAGCUGCUACGCCGCAUAAUGGACGGCGACAUCAAAGAGAACGACACUGCGGCUUUUGCUGAGGAGGCGAUGGAGCUGCUGUGGGCGCUGCGGCUAGAUGGCCGCGGUGACGAGAUGUUUGACAGGGCUGCUGCCGCCGAGGAUGAGGAAGCCGCCACCGCUAGCGACCCGGUGGCAAGGGUUCUUGUGUGCCGCCGUGUUGGCCGUGCUGCUCUUGCGUUGCAGCGGCUUCUUUCGGAGUCGGCCAGCGCCACCGAGCACGACAUGAAGGACGCCGCGGAAGCGGCGAAGCAGGAGAAGCGCACGCUCACCAACUGUCACAGGCUGGAGGACUUGGUGCUGUGCUUCAUCUUGGAGCAGUGCAGCGACAGCGUCCCCCUCCACGCCGUCACGGAGACGCGUCGGCUGUGGAUAAGUCACCAUCUCCCAGCUGAACUCGCGCAGCGCGCUCUCUCGCUUGUGAGGACGGGAUUUUGCUCGCCAGAGAUGCUCGCGGGGCUUUACACAUGUGCUGUCCUUCUACUUGGCCCUCACGCCGAUGCACUCACGGCGCUGCGGGGCUCGCGGAUGCAGGUGGUCAGCUCCACCCUCGUGAACAACGCCCUGGUUCAUCUGUGCAGUGUGCUGCAAGCGGCAUUUGCGAGCUACAACGCAACUCCUGUGCCACCCGCAACGUUUCAGCAGCUUCUUCGCCUUGCCGCGCCGUUCGCGCGACUCGUGGUUCAACUCGCCAACGAGGAGUACGGUGUGCACACCGACAACUACAUCCCCCUCGUCACCUACACAGCGCUGGUGUGCAAAGCCGUCUCGAAGAUGAAUCCACCAAUGCCCCACGCCAUGGCGCUGGUUCAUGCCGCCACAAGCUUCCUGGACUCGCUUCAGCAGCACCUUGGCCUCCCUUUCCCGCUGCUGGGCGGCAAGGCCCCGCUGCACCGCUAUGUGCCCACUCCUCACAUUACCACGGCAGAGGAGCGACGCCUGCUGCAGGCAUGGAACACGGCCGCAAACGCGGCAUCCGCUGCGAGGCCAACAGCCCAGUCCAACUCGGCGGUAGACCCACAAGCGCUACUUCAUCGCCUCUGGGAGUCCGCAGCGUUCCGUGAGGGCUUUGCAUGUCUUCAGCAGCUCUUGUACAUUCGCACCACGGCGGCCACGUACGCCAGCGUGACAUCGGCGGAUCCUGCGCACACCGUGCACCCCUUUCUCCCUGCUCUGCAGGCUCGGAUGACGGCAUUCGUUGACACCUACACAGCUCGCUUGCCGCUCUUCACUGAACUCGAGCUGGCCCUCUGGCGCAGCGUGCACCAGCUGCCCCUCGAUAAACCAGCGGACACGACAGAGGCCCUGGCUAAGCUGACGCCGUUGUUGCUGAGCCGCUUUGCCAGUCGCCACGGUGUCGCCGGCACGCGUCACCUCUUCGCCGGCGCGUGGGCGGUGGCUGCGGCAGAUUGUAUGCGCUAUGGUGCGCAGGUGCCUGUUAUGGACAUCGGCCUCGCCGACAACCCACGCCUGCAAGCCCUGGCCGGCCUCUCCACAUUUCUGCAGACCUGUCCUUUGGCGGCUGCGUCGCCGCUGGAGGAGUGGGCGACCAACUCUCAGCUGGAGUUGGUGGGAGUGCUGUGUGCCUGCUUCCCAGACCUUGCUUCAUGCGUGCCGACCCCGCUGCCGCCAUCCCGUACCUCAGUCACGGCCGUCACCCGACUCUCCGUUUUUGGACAGGCGGAAACGGUCGUCUCUUCCGCUGCGCCGAUGCCGUCUUUGGUGCUCGAGAGGCAUAGGAUGCUGAUGGCUGCUCUGCUGCGCCGACUUCGUAGCAACGGAUGCGACAGCGCGGACACGCUUUCUGCCGUGACGCUUCUGUGGGUCCUCAAGUGCCGUCUGCUGCUGCCGCAGUCCCCAGUGGAUCCGAUGUAUCGGCGGGAGUGCAAGCGCGUGGUGGCCACUGAGGAGCUAGAGCUUCUCGACCGACUCGAUGGCGCGUUUGCCUGGGCCGAGCAGCUCGCAAUCCGACACCGUAGCCCCCAGCGCGAGAUCCUGCUGAUGCUGCGUGUGCAGGAGAAAGAGCUUCUGCGGCAGGCGCAGCGCAAGUAUGUGACGCGCCCAGACGCCACUGGCAUGAAGUACGCUACCCUGAUCCGGCAGCUGUACCAGGUGUGUACGACGCUCCUGUCCGACGCGCGUGUGCUCGGUUUGUUCGAGAUGCCGCCGGCGUCUGCUGGUGGUUUGAAUGCGGCUGCCGCCGCAGAGAUCAUAGCUAGCCGAGAGGCGUGGAGUGACCUGCUGUACGAGCAGGUGAUGCAGCUGCUGGCUGAGUACGGCGGCUACGAGGACGUGACGGUGAACUUUGCCGAGGCGGCGCUGCUCGCCUCCAUGGCAGCACGGGCUAGCUGUACCACAGAUGCCUGCCUGCUCGCCGCCGCCGCCUCCGCCGACUCGUCUGCACUAUCGCGCACACUCUUUAGCCGUGCCGACACGCUGCGCCUGCUGCAAUUUCCAUCCCCCCUGGUGCACGUGUUGCCGAUGCCCCCAAUGCAGCAUACCGCGUCUCUGUUGCGCCACCGCGUCGUCUACCUGGACUCGUGCCUCUCCCUGCUCUCCGGCACCGCGCCGCAGGGGACGAGCCGCGACUUUGUCGAGGACAUCUUCGCCCAGUACCGUUCCCUGUUCCGCCAGAUCGAGGAGUGGGAGGCGCAGGAGCGCCAGGCCGACCAGCUUGCGGUGAUGUACAAGGAAAAAGCCACCAUGAUCGAGGGCGACGAUGAGAAGCUGAUACGCAAGUUGAAGGAGCUGUACCCGAGCUACGAGGCGGAGUUCAGCAUCGACGCUCUCGAGGACGACGCGGCGGACCCGCCGGAUCGAAAGAAGACGGAGGAGCAGCUGGAGGGGCGUCGCGCCAAGUUUGCCCGCAUCCUUUUCAAGGAGCGGGACGGCUUCUACCUGCGCCACCUCGUCGAGGUGCACCGAACCUUCUACUGGCGCCUCAUUUCCUGCCGCAUGGAGGCGGCAGCGACGGCAUCCAGUGCAUGCAGCGAAACGUCGCCGCGGUCCACCGCGCUGCUUACCGCUUUUCAGAACCGCUUCGAUGCCCUCGCCGCGGAACUGCACACCUUUCCGGCGUCGAGCGGCAGCACAUCCGGGGUGGCGGGGGCGGAGGAACAGCUUCUCCUGAAUGGCUUCGCGGCCCGCGUCUCACUGCUGCGCGAGGAGAUGCGUGGCACCGCUGUCUCCCUGGAGGAGCGGAAGGAGGCAGCCUUCAACAUUUUCCUCGACACGGACGUGUACGAACUGAGUCGCUUCAGCACCCCUUUGCAGACUUUGCUGGAUGCCGUGCAGCGACUUGCCGAGCAGUAUCCCGACACGCCGUCGUUGCAGCGGUGCCUGCGCAUCGGCCACAAGAUUGCCGCACUUCCGGCGAUGAGUACCCCGCUGAUGAAGGUGAUGGCUGGCUGCGAGGUGCUACUUCGGGAGUGCUACGAGUGGGAGCGCAACGCAUCGCACGAGGUCUCGUUGAUCCGCCACAUGACGGCACUUUCCUCCUUCGUGCUGCGCUGGCGCCGGCUGGAGCUGCACUGCUGGGCGCACGUAUUUCAGGCGAAGCACGCCGAACUCGAGCUCCAGGCAGCACAGCAGUGGUUCACGCUCUAUGACCUUCUGCUCGGUGAAGCGGUGCCAUGCGAGUCCGACGGCGAAGACCACUAUACCGUAGCUGUGUGGGAUGCCGAGACGCCGCUGCUGCGACGCUGCCGCGCCGCCUUCCAGCGUGCCUCGAAGUUCAUGUGGGAUGCGAUCUUUGGAGACUUCAGUGUGCGACUCCGCAUCCUGCAAGGGUUUGGGUUUCAGCUCCUCGCGGCAGAGAGUGCGCAGGCACCGCUGGCUAACACGGUGCUGCACGUGUGCGACUUCUUUGCCCAGUUCGAACCGCUCGUCCAGCAGCAACGCGACAAGGCUGUGCAGCCGAUCGAGGAGGACAUUGCGGAGUUCGCCAAGAUUAUGCGCUGGGAGGACGCCAACUACUACGCCGUGCGCGCCACCGCGGAGAAGUCGCACAUGAAGAUGGCGCGCGUGCUCGGCACCCUGGAGGAGGUGCUGCGAACCCCGGUCCUCGCGGUCAUCACAGCCGAGGAGCAGCGGUGCGAGGACGAUGCUUCGCUCGGCUUCGCGCUGCCGGUGAAGGCGGACUCCAAGUCCAAGAAGGCAAAGCAGGCAAGAAAGCCCGCGGAGGCUGCGGGCAAGGGUGUGAAACAGGGCAUCAAACGACAACGCAACGGCAAGGCCGUUUCUGCCGCGGCAGAUAACCCAUCACUGGAGGCUGUUGCCACGGCCGAGGAUUCAGCGCUCCAGUUGCUGAGCCGCAACGUGUACCUCGACCAAGUCCACACUUUCUUGCGAGACGCCGCUCAUGAGGUGAUCGAGAACGUGACAGCUCUCCAGAAGCCUAAGACGCCGAAUCAAAUGAAGGUGCGAGCCCUCAAGACGCUCUUCGGCCGACUUUCCGAGGCCGGCGUACCGCACACGCACGAGAACCAAGUCGGCGACUGGGAUGUUCUCUUCUUCACCACUGAGGCGCUGCUGGGGUGUCGUGAGACGCACCGCGACCAGACAGCCGCAGUCGCUCGUCUUGGCGCUGCUGCGGCGGAGCAGUAUCGGUUUGCUCGCUGGCUGCAGCGACUGCGCGAGGUGGAGAGAAAGCCGCACCACGACCUUUCCGCCGCACAGGCAAAGCGCGGAACUGGGAUAGCCGAGAGCCUCUUUGCGAACGCCGUACAUGUGGCAACAGUACUGUGCGAGCUGUUUCACCUGCAUGAGCAGCUACGCGUGCUGGAGGUCGCUGUGCAGCACAGUGUACUGGCCUCUGACGGCGACACUGAUGGCGGUGUCGUGAGUCACGCUGUACCGCGUGUCUUCCUCGAUGACGCUGUCGAGGUUGCUUGCCUUGUUCAGUCCGUGUGCAGUGGCCUGGGAUGGAUGGCGCAGCAGCCGCACAUGGUUGCCAAAACUACAGCAGAGGCUCACGGGCUCGUGCACGAGCUGGCGGGCGUCUCGAAUGAGCUGUGGUCUAUUUGCACCUCGCAGGAGCCGCUGCGCCGCUCCGCCGCGUCUACGGUGCCGCCUGGCAUUUCCAAGUGCUACUUCGAUGUACUGCGCCGCGUACUGGGUGUGGUGUGCCGCAUACAGGCGUGCGAUGUCGCGAACAUCGCUGCUGCGGCGAAGCCUCUCGUCGACGCCGUUACUGAUAUUCUCGCGCGCCACGAGCAACCAUCGGCACAGAUGCACGAGCGUAUCGCCACGGAGGCAAAGCGGCGUCGCACCGAGCAGUUGCCGAAGCCGUGGACUCAGCGACUGAGCCAUGCCAUCGAGGAAGUGAGGGAUGCCCUCGCCCCCUGUGGAGAGGGUACGAGUGUGGUGCUCGAAGAUGAUGUGCAGAUGUCAUCGACGACGGCCACGACAGACGCGGAGGCGAAGGCGAGCAGGCACAGCGACUCUGAGUCCGAUGUGGAUGCGCCACAAUGUGAGUCAGCCGUCUACGCCCGCUACACCAUGCAUGGCGCGGCGGUCCAUGAGGCGCUGCAGCGACUCGUGCCGAUCCUGGAGGAUCUCCUCGCCUCGCCUGCCAGCUCUGAGGGUGCUACAGCCGCGACCGUUGCAACGAGUUCGGCGCCGCCGAGCGUAUGCACCCUUGCAGCGGGCGAGAGGGAGAAGCUGCUUCCACGGCUGUCUGUGUGUCGCCGCGAGGUGCAGCGUGCGCGCGAUGCGUGGUGCACCGUGCUGGAGGCGCAGUGCUCCUUCGGCGUCGUCGUUGCACGCCUCUUUACUGUGCUCCUCAAGAAGGGCUUCUGCAAGACUGAGGACGAGGAACCCGACGACGGCGAGGGCGACGGCGAGGGCGGCCAGCAGCAGAACGGCACCGGGAUGGAUGAUGGCCAAGGCGAGAAGGACGUCACGGACCAGAUCGACAACGAGGACCAGCUCAUGAACAUGAAAGAUAAGGAGGAGCAGCAGGCAGAUGAGCAGCGGCAAGGCGAGAAGGACGAGGGCGAGGAGGACACAGCGGCGGACGUGGAGACGGACUUCAACGGCCAAAAGGAGCACCGCAGCGAGAGCGAUGGCGAAGGUGACGAGGAGGGCGAGGAGUCGGACAAGGAAAUGGGCGAUGUCGACGACGGCACGGAGAAGGAACGCAAGAAGACGAAGAAAGACGCUGGUGACGCCGAUGACAUGAACGAGGAUGCUGGCGACGCGGCCGAGGAGGUGCCCGAAGACAACCUUGCCGAGGGCGAUGAGCACCGCGAGGACAACGAGGAAACCGGUGGCUUUGACGACAAGGCGGACGAGAUUCGAGACGCCGAUGAGGAUCGCUCCUGCGAGCACGACAUGGUCGGCGACGACGACAAGAGCGAGAUGGACGAGGACGGUAGCAGCGGCGGCGACUCCGUCGAGCACAGCGAUACUGAUGGUGAGGAGCGCGACGAGAGCGUGCGGGACGAUAAGUUGCCCAGCGACGCGGACGAGGAACCGGAGGAGAGCGACGUUGCCUCUGAGGGUCGCGUUGACAGUGACGCCGCGACCGACGCGGAGCGCAGCGAGUUGGGCGAGGAAGAGGUGGAGCAGCAGGAUAACAGUGAGAGCGCGGGUGAUGUAUCGGACAUCGAGAAUGCCAGCGACGGCCCCGACGAGAACGUGUACGAGGGCGGCCAGCAGGAUGAUCGAGAAGGCGACGAGGCUACGGAGAACCAGGACAAGGACAAGAAGGACACGUCCGCAAAGGUCCGCAAAGAGCAGGCCGCCAAUGAGGAGGAGCAGCCAGGCACAGAGCAGGAGCAGGACGACGCGGGACAGAACUGGAAGCAGCAGCAGGAGAAGAACGAGCAGGCGCAGCGCCGCGACAACGCGGAGCAGACCCGCUCCCAGCACAACCCGUAUCGUGCCGUCAAGGAGGCCCUGCAGCGGCAUCAGCGCCAGAUGCAGCAGCUCAACCUUAACCAGCACGUGGAGGUGACGGAUGAAAAGGACGAGCCCAAGGCGGAGAAGCCACCGAAGCCGGACCAGGCAGGCGAUCAGGAGGAUGUUGAAGAGUUCGACUUUGACGAGGACGGAGACCGUGAGGGCCUAGCUGCUGCUGAGCACACCGAGGCAAAGCCAACUGAAACAGACGCGUAUGAGGACGAGGAGAGCCACAGUGACGCGAGCGGCGACAAGGAUGGCAUAGGGGAGGACGAGGACGAGUCCGCUGACGCCCCGCAAGACACGCGUCGCAAGCGUCGCCAGAGCAGGGACGAGCUCACCGAGCUGGAGGCGAAGGAGGCGGCGGCAACAUCCCAGAGGAAGAGGUCCAAGAGGAAGGUGCGGACCACCGCCGGCGAUGAGGACGCGAGUGCGUCGGAGGACCAGGAGGACGAUGACAGCACCAAGAAAGACGACGAAGAUGCCGCGGCGGAAGCGAAUGCGAAGCUUGAGCGAGGUCGGCAGCUGUGGCUGGAGCAGGAGACCGCGGUGCAAGGCCUCUCUCAACAGUUGUGCGAGCAGCUCCGCCUCAUCCUCGCUCCGACGCUCGCUGACAAGCUCCAGGGCGACUACAAGACAGGCAAGCGGCUUAACAUGAAGCGCAUCAUUCCGUACAUCGCCUCUCAGUUCAAGAAGGACCGUAUCUGGCUGCGUCGCACAAAGCCGAGCAAGCGCACAUACCAAAUACUGGUGGCCCUCGAUGACUCGCUGAGUAUGCAGUGCAACAAUGCUGGCGUGCUAUCCUGCCGUGCAGUAGCCCUCAUUGCCAAGGCUCUGCAACAGCUGGAGGUGGGAGAGUUCGGCGUCGCGUGCUUCGGCAAGGAGACUCACGUGGUGCAUCCCCUGGAGGAGCCGUUUCUCGCCGACAGCGGCCCGCGCCUCUUCAGCGAGAUUACGUUUGAGCAGAAGUCCACAAACAUGAAGCUGCUCUUAGAGACGACGCUCGGCUACCUCGACGACGCUCGCGACCGCAUGCGUGGCCAGACUCGCUCUACGACACAGCAGCUGCAGCAGAUCAUGUUUAUCAUCGGUGAUGGGCAGAUUACGGAGAACCGCGACGACUUGCGCCAGCUGAUGGUGCGGGCCGAGGAGAACAACCAGAUGGUCGUGUUCGUGUUGCUGGAUAUCAGGGCAGCUGAGGGGGACACCGCUACGCCCAGUGCCAGGCCAUCUGCCGCUCCAGCCGCAGCCGCGCAGCUCAGGGCAAAGGCGUUGCAGGGACUCUCUACUGCAGAGCGCCUGCGCCGUCUCAAGGCGGAUCGCGAGGCGCGACUGCAUCGCGUGCAGUCGAGCUCGAUCCUGGACAUGCAGGUUGUCGAGUUUCAAGCUGGCCGCGUGGUGCGCCGCCCCUACAUGGAGGGCUUCCCUUUUCCUUACUACCUCAUCAUCCGCGACAUUCAGAAUUUGCCGGAGAUCAUCGCGGACGCCAUGCGGCAGUGGUUUGAGCUACUCAAUGCCGGCGUGUAA